CAUGGGGAGACAGCAGUCCACAUAGCAGCUGGCCUAGGACAACUGGAAAUUGUUAAGUUUCUACAUUCACAUGGAGCUGAUAUUAGUUUGUUAGAUUCACAUGGUGAUAGUGCCAUAUAUUGGGCUGCAAGACAAGGUCAUUCAGAAGUCAUCAAAUACUUAUUUGAACAAAGAGUUUCUGUUGAUACACAGAAUAAGGCGGGUGAAACAGCUCUACAUGUAGCAGCCCGAUAUGGACACAGUGACACAUUAAAACUACUGUGCAAGUUUGGUGCCAACUAUAACAUGCCUGAUGAGCAUGGUGAGACUGCUCUGCACAUUGCUGUAUGGCAUGGUUUUCCCAGGAUUGUCUUUGUUCUCUGUGAAGUAGGUGCUUCUCCUAAUUUAAAAAACAAGGAAGAAGAAACCCCUCUUCAUUGUGCUACAGCUCGAGGUCAUGCAGAGAGUGUGCGUUGCUUAUUGGAAGCAGGUGCUGAUGUGAAUUUGCUUGACAAGAAUGGUUGCACUCCACUCCAUUUAGCUACAAGAAGACAUCAUGUAGUUGUGGCCAUGUUAUUAUUGCAGGCAAGCUGUCAAGUAGAUGUUGUGGAUCAUCAUGGUGAAGCCCCAAUCCACAUUGUAGCCAGAGAAGGCCUCUUACCAUUAGCUCAGAAUUUGUGUGCCUUUGGAUGUCGAGUUGACAUACCUAACCAGGAUGGCAUCCCAGCAGAAAUAACAGCCUUGGCUCAAGGUUUUACUGAUAUUGGAGAGUUGCUGAAUAGAUUAAGAAAUGAGCAAUUACGUGAAGAUUACAUAGCCCAACUUAUUCCUACAACUCAGCCUAUUUCUCGCGUGAAAUUGAAGUUAUUUGGUCACAGUGGUGUCGGGAAGACAACAUUAGUUGAUUCAUUAAAAUGUGGAUACUUCAGCAGCUUUUUCAGAAGAUCUCGAGCAUCAUCUCCAACUCCUUCUGAUCACAGAAAAUCUAAGAACAGUUGUAAUUCCAGUACUUCAAGCAUAGAGCUAAGUGUAGCUACCUCUAACAGUAUUCCUUUGAUAUUUGAGACUAACAUGGAAUAUUAUACAAAAGGUGUGGACAUACAGCAACUCAGCAUCCCAGGUGUUGGAGACCUUAGUGUGUGGGAAUUUUCUGGUCACGAACCUUAUUUCAUUGUCUAUGACCAUUUUAUUGGUAACACCAACUGCCUUCAUGCUAUAGUGUUUAGAAUGAAUGACCCACCAGAAGUACGUUAUCAACAAAUUCUCUUCUGGCUUCAUUUUCUUCAAGUUCGCAUUCCACCCAUUGAACCGUUGAGUUAUUGUGGUAGAAGCAAAAAUCCUGCUAAAGUUGUAUUAAUAGCUACUCAUGCUGAUGUGGCUGGAAUAUACCGUAACUCCUCUUCUGGAGAAUAUAUGAACACAGAAGUAACCCCAAUGUUGCAAGACCUUAGGAAACAGUUUGAAAAUAUUCUUGACUUGCAUGAUACUGUAUAUAUCACAGAUGCUCAUGUAGCGGGAUCCCCUGGCAUGAAACAUUUGAAACAGUAUUUGAGUACAGAGAAAGUCAAGGUUGUUCAGAAUCUUCCUAAGCAAACAGGAUUUCUUGACUCUAUGAUUUCUCAUCUACCAUCUUGGAGGAAGUCUUCUGCUGUCUUUCCUGUGUUGUCAUGGCAACAGUUUGUUGACAUGGUGCAUUUGCAGAUUAAUCCAUUAGCUGGAGAAGAUCAUAUGAAAGAACUGAUUACACAGCUGCAGUUAACAGGAGAGGUGCUGUACCUUAAGUCAGAAAGUCAGGAUGUUGUUGUACUGAACCCAAGGUGGUUGUGUGUAGAUGUUGUAGGUCAGCUCUUGUCACAUGAUCAUCUUCAGCAAGCUCGUGUGACGGGUUGUUAUACUGUAGAUGACAUUCAGCUUCUGUUUCCUGAAACUGAUGCAUUGGACUUACUUCAGGUUUUGGAAGCCCUCCAUCUGUGUACGCAAUGUGAGAGUGAUGGUGAUAUCGAAUACGAGUUUCCAGUUUUUAACCUUGUUGAGACUCUUGAAGGACUGUGGGAUGAAAAUGAUUUAAGGUAUCAUAAUGGAGUUUAUGGAGGUGUGCAAAUCAGGCCACAAGCUGGAAUGUGCCACGUGAUACCCAGACUUUUCCCACGUGUCCAGGUUCAACUAAGACGGUCAAUUCAUCAACAUCCAGAUCCUGAAAAUGAUCUUUAUCAGUGGCAUUUGGGGAGCAAGUUCUGUAGUGGAUGUUUAGAAGGAAUAAUCACUCUUACUGACCACGAAGCAAUAGAAAUCAAAGUUCGUGGUCCAAAUAGUCAUAAGAUAGACAGUUUCUACUUUUUGGAGGACUUGCUGAGUGUGGUAGAUCAAGUUCUUGGUGACAUUUGUCCUGGUCUUGUGGUGGAAAGACAUUUUCUUAGUGCUUCUCAGUUGCAGUCUCAUGUGGAUAAUCCAGUCAGUUUUCCACCAGACCUGGUAAUGAAACAGUUGAUUAAGAAUGGGCCAGAUGCUGUGAUUGAAAGAGAGAAUGUACAAGAAAAAGUUCUAGACUUAUUUUGUAGUGGUGCCACUGAGCUUCAGAGGUAUCUAAAUCCAGAUUCAGGUGUCUCACCUGGAUUAACUCUUGCACCUGAUAUUCAUGUGUCUCACCUGUCAGUGCUGACUCGCCAAAAUCUUUGUGCUAUACUGGAUCCUCCAGAAUCCAUGGGUCGUGAUUGGUGCAUGUUGGGAGUUCGGCUUGGGAUGACAGAUGAACUUCCACAUAUUGACCCUGGAGAAAAUUCAAGGAACAGUCCCACAGCUCGAACACUGGAACAGUGGUCAAAAAAUCCCAACAGCACUAUAAAGAGUCUUCUCAGUAAACUGGAAGAGUUAGGUCGUGAAGAUGCUAUUCAAAUAAUAUUAAAAUGCGGACCUCUUUUCAAAGUACGUCCAUCUGAAGUGGAGAUUGUUGCAGAAGAUGUUGUAAUUGUAGGAGCAGGCUCACACACAUCCAGCUCUAAUCUGUCACGAUAAUCUUAAAAUACAUAAAAAUAGGCUGAUGUACCUCAGAUUUCAACCUCUUAUGAUUGAAACAAACUGUGUUAAUGUUAGUUUAAUGUAUAGCUCAGGUUCCAGUUUAUCACGAUUGUUUCAAUUACAAUUAAGCAUACAUACCUCAGGUGAAAACCUGUUAUAGUAAUUAAAGCUGUUUUAAAGCAGGUUUACAUGCCUCUUGUUUCAGAAUUUUUUAUAGAAAAGAUGUGUUGUUUGUGAAAUUAAAAAUUUUCUGAAGUAAUUUCUUCAUUUGAUUAAGUUUAAAAACCAUUUAUUUCAUAUAUCAGUAAAAGAUAAAUGUAUCUAAUUAAUUUUUAGUUAAAACUAGUAUCAUAAAAUGAAGUCUACAUGUUUUUACAUCAGAGAUUAUACAUAAAUAAACACAAUUAGUAGUUGUAGGACUGUCUUGUUGAACAUUCUCAAACAUGCUGUUCUAUCAGAAAUUAUAGCUAGCUGAACUUUAGAAUGGUGCCAUUAAAAAAAUUUAAAAUAUACUGCUACAUCAAGAAAUAUAGGUAUUUAAAUUUUGAACUCGCUCUGAACUAACCAAAAGUUCCCUAACAUGUUUAUAGUCUCAUAGAAUAAAGCCAUUAAGGUAUAUAAAAGCCACAGAACUAAUCUUAAAAUAUCCAUAUUGGGUUGUUAUUGCAAGUUUAAAUGUGUAAUUAAAUGUUUUGCACAUUAUAUGCUUAAUGAAAUGUAGGACUGAUGGUGUAAGAAUCCCUUACACUUUUUAACUUGUACACUGACAGAUCCAGAAUUAUACAAAAUAUUUUUGUGUAAAUAUAAUAAAGUAAAUUUUAUAUGGAUGCGUUAAUAUUAAUUUGUGAUCAGAGCAAAACUAAAAAUUGUAGCAAUGAUUAUAGCUAAUUAGAUACACUUUUUGUAUGUUUCUAAGAUUAUAAUGAAUCGUUUCAUCAGUUAGGUAACCUCAGAGUUAAUGAUAUUUUUGGUUGUAAUCUCAAUAUUAUCUUACCUAGUUCAGCCAGCUUAUUGGAUUUAGUUCAGUCUUUAAUGCCUAUUUAAAGCAUAAUAAUAAUGAAGAUAAAAUUAAAAAGUAGUUUCAUUCGAUAUACUAAAUAAUAUAACCAACACUGUUAAUGGAUAUAAGAUAAAUAAAUGAUAGAGUAUAACUUACUUAAGGAACACAGAAAAUUAGCUAUUCACUUGAACCACUGUCAUAAAAGUUUAUUUCUUUGAAAAAUAUAAAUUUAGUAUAAUAUGCCCAAUUUUUCUUAUGGCUUGUAUCAUCUGAGAAUAGUUUUUAAUGAUGUGAGGUUGAUUCACUUGUUAGCCACCACAAAAGUUCUGAUAAGUCUAAGCUAAUUAGCUUCAGGUUUCUUACUUUUCUGCCAUAUUUUUGAGUGAAUAAAACCCACUGUUAUUCAUAGUUGAUAUAGAAAAGAAAAACAUUGAUGUAUGAACUUUGAACUAGCAUUUUUCUCCCAUUGAGGAUUCUUUGGAAGAUCAUUAGUGUGAUUGAUCUAAAAACAAAGGUUAGUAUAAGGUAAACUGUGCAAUGUGAAAAAAAUAUUGAUUUGAUUCUUUAUAAAACAUUUAAGUACCUCUAACUGGAUUAAUAUGUAGUUGAAAUUCAUGUGGAACUUAGUAAUAAGUAUGUAUACUGCUGUGAAAGAGGUGUGGAAAAGCAAAGUGAUUUAUUAAUAUCAAGCUCCAAAUGAAUAUUUUUUGGAGAAAACUUAAAAACUUAACUUUGGUUACUCCAAUUUCAAUUAUUUCUUGCCAUUACUCACUGGGUAAUAUGUAUGAUUCAUGACAAGUUUAUGAUAAUUUGGUUAUAUCAAAGAAAAAGUUAUGAUUAGCUUUGAAACAUCUCACUGGUAUAAUAACAAUUUACUGGCAGUCCUCUUUGGGUGUCUUCAAUAGCAUGGUAUGAAUGGUAUUGGUACACAAGUCAUUUUAAACUUUAAUUGUGUUCUGGUUGUAACAUCAGAGAAGUUUCCCGUUGAAUAGACGUAAAAACCUAGUAAAAGAUGCCAUAAACAUUUUAUGUAUAAUAACUGCCUUAAAGCCUUAGUGCCUGUAAAUGUAACAGUCUGAUAUUUUAAGUAAAUUUUGUACAUUUGCAUACACAUACAAUUUUCUUAUCAACAUUUGAAUUUUUUCUUUUUAUGUUUGCUUCAUGGUGUAAAGAAACAGAGCUAGGUAACUGGAAUAGAUGCUUGUUUAAAAAUCUGUGGUGAUUUAGCCUGUUAUGAUGCUCACCCUGUACAUAUAUAGUACUGCAAUUGUAUUAGUGGACUAAAGUCAAAAUAUCCUUAAUAUAUAUAUAUAUAUAUAUAUCUGAUUACCUAAACGAAAAGUGAACUUCAGAGAAUAGGUAUCACCAUAUUUAUAUGGCUGAUAACUUACAAAGUCAUCGGGAAUUUCGAAGCACUGUAUGUCCAGCUUUGUAUUAUUAUCUAAUGUGUAAUUACAGUUUAACAAAUUUUUUUAUUUUGUUCAGUAUUUAUUUAAUUAGAAGUUUAACAUUUGGAGAAACUAUUCACAACUUUUUUAAUUCAUAAAACAGUGUAUAGCUAAACAGGUGCAGAUUAGUUUCUCAAUUAAGUAUUUUAUUAACACUAAAACUAAAUUUAAUACUUGUAUUUUGCAUAAAAAAAAUUCAGUAAUAUCUUAUGCUAUAUAAAAUGAAUAACUUGACCAAACACACAACACUGUUCAGCAGAUCUGCAGUAUCAUUGGAAAGAUAAAUACUGAAAAAUGAAAUUAACUUCAUACUGUAUUGUCACAUACACUUUGGGUAAACAAAUAUUUGCCAGUUUUAGGUAUUAAAUCAUUUCCUCUCUAUGAAUAUCAAAAGCCACCUUAGGAUCAGGCUGAUUUAUUUUUAUCUACUUUAUCAAUUUGUUCACCAUACAAUGCUCUGUAUUCCUGAUGCAUUUGUAUAUUAUCUGACAGGAAAAUUAUGAUAUCUGUUCUCUGAAGUUAAUUUUUUGUUUUGGUAAUCAGGCCUCCAAUCUGAUUUCAUUCAUUUGGCAUAAUUUUCCUCUCCAUAAGUAAUCUAAGAAUUUUAUAUGUUCAUAUAGAAGUUUACUAUGUUGUAAAGCAGAACAAUGUGUGAACUAACUAAAGUAAUUAAAAUAUAACAUGCAAGUGAUUAUCAAACCCACUGUCACUUGGAUUUACCAGUAACAAAUUAUUCAGUGGUAAUCAAGUAAAUAUGUAAAAUUAUCCACAUGCUAUGUUGUCAUCUUUUUAAACAAACAAAAAAAACUUUCCAUCAUUGUGACAACCAAAGGGAUGUGCCCAAUUUGUAUUGUUAGUGUGUGAAUGUGAAAUAUACAUACUGAAUUUUAUUUAUUAUAACACAAAAUGUUUUAAAGAUUUAGUAUUUGUAAUUACUAAAGUUAUAGGGCAGUAGUUUAGUUUCAGAACUUAUGUUUUGACAUUUGCUAUUUAAUAAAAUACUAGUACAUUUAAGACUUUUUCAUUGUGCCUGUUUAUUUAAGUGACCUUGAUGGAAGUUUUUCAAUGUACGAAUUGAUUAAUAUUGAACUGGGACCAUGCUUUUGUGCCAAGAGGAGCUAAGAUAAACUCAGUAAAUGAGAUUAAUUGUGUAUAUGUAUAUAUUAACUGUAUAUUGUGUUCUGUGUAUGAAGUAUUUAGAAAUUGUAUUUGUCUUAAUGUGGGAAAAGGUCUGUGUUUUAAAGUGACUGAUAAUUCAAAUUACAUUACUUGAUUUGUGUGAUAUUAAGUAAAACAAACAUGUAUAAGGUAAUUAGUAUUAAUUAGGAUAAUUAUUUAAACUAAAAUUUCAAUAUUAUUCAUAUGAAAAAGACUGAAGUUGUUGCUGACUUAUUUCAAAUAGUGUUUCUGAGUGAUAUUGCCAAAAAGACACGUAAUACAUAUAUGAAUUCGUUUGUAUUUGAGUACAAAAGCACCAGUUUGCGGUGAUUAGUUAUGCACUGCUCAAUUUUGCAAGAAAGCUGGAAACUUUUAGAGUAAUGACAAAUAACUUGGAUUAGGUUUCAGUGUGUGUAUACCAAGAGGCAUGUUUUUGUCAGUACUGUAGCUUAAACAUUCCCACUACAGCAUCCAGCAAUUGGACUCUACUAACAACUUCAUAAUUAAGAUUGGAUCAUUUAAAUGUUUGUUUUAGAGCAGUGUGGUUAUAGCCUAACUCUCUUUUCAGCCAGAAUUUGUGAACGAGUCACUUAAAAACUGACAGAUUAGGAGAUAUUCUUUAUAAGAAUAUUAAAACAUAUCAUUAACCUGAAGUUGAAUGUACUAAUGACUAGGUAGUUAGAAACUGGUAAACCUGGAUCUUGGCUUUCUAGAACUGAUAGAACAUUCUUUUUCUUAACAUAUGCUUAAUUCAUCACUGAUUGGUCACUUGAAACAUUGUUCUUCUAUGUUGCUAACACAAAUAAGACAGAGUUCAUAAUUGAGGGCAGUAUUCUAAGUAAUGCAUGUAUUUAAUUUUUAAUAUUUUCUUCUCCAUGAAAUACUGGCAUCUCUUUCAUCAAAAAUAUUUAUUUGUGGUGUGAGUCUGUGGAACUAUAGAAAAGCUUGUAAUAUUUUGUAAUAAAGCCACACACGUAUUUUUGUUCGUAAUUGACCGAAUGCAGACAAGUUAAUGAUAACUGAUACAUGUGUGCCGUUAAGAAGCUGAAAAGUAGGCUAAGUUAUAAAGGCUAUUAUGGUGCUUUUCAGUUCCAGUUGUAAGAUUUGCUCUUUAUGUGUAUAGUCAUGUUUUGUAACAUUGGGUUUUGAAGUAAAUUUACUUAAAAGUUUUGUAAUAUUAUUCUCUACAAGAUUGUGAAAUAAAAACUUUUUGGCUUCAUUUAA